CACACACACACUGCUGUUGAGACUCACGAGGAAGACACCCAUUAUGUUGAUCCUGGCGACAAUCGUCGUCAUCCUCAUCUUCGCCUUCCUGAAGAACGUCAUACAUGAGCUGGAGAAACAGGAGGCACUACUGGUCAACGCCACCCUCAGUUCUAACGAGUCCAUGUUCUUGGGGUACGAGUUGGAUGAUGCGUGGCGGACGGUGCGGGUGCUGGAGAACGUGACGGCCGCCGAGAACCUUACCGUUAACCAGGUCAAGGUGGAGCCCGACUGGUCCCUCGUCCAGGGCACCUUCACGCACCUCAAAGACGAGAACUUCGAGUCGUUUCUGAUAGCUGUUGGUGUGCCGUAUUUGGUGCGGAGCUUUAUCGUCAAGACGACCCCAACAGUGACCAUCGAGCGUCUCUAUCAGGACAGCGACUACUACUACGAACUGGAGGACCAUAACCCAAACACUGAUCUUGACCAGGUGGGUGGUGAGGACGGGGGCCGAGUGUAUCAGAUACUCAUAAACACAAUUACAUGGCUCAAGACCAACACGGAGAGGUUCCGGCUCGGUUAUUCCUUCAUGAAAAAAGACUUCGACGGUUCCCCCUCUAAGAACACUUACUACUUCGUGUCACCGAGUGUUCUGGUUCACCUCAAGGAGAAGGAACAGUUCAACACCAACAUCAUCCGGAGCUUCGACCGAGAGGGCUUCGUUAUGACCAUCAUCAACAAGAAGGCGGGUAUGAAGGCCAAGCGUUACUUCCUUAGAGAGCCAGAGGAGGCGUGAGGAACGACCUACACUCUUGAUGCUCUCGCCAAAUUCACCAGAUGACCUGUACACACACACACACACGUACACACUUCAAUUCUCUGGAUGAUCGACAUAAAGAGCUUCAUCUUAGGUUCGGUAAAGCUUUGUUAGCCAUCUCUAAAUUACGACAUCACCACCUUUCGCCCGCACCAUUUAUGGACACAUCUUAUGUCAGGAUGUCACUCAGAGUCAAGGCCAGUAGUCAAACCAAGGUGUAGGAGCGCCACAAGAUAUCAACAAUGUGAACACGUCUACUAAUCAAGCUACUGUAAAAAUUGCAAAGAUUAUCUUUUAUAGUCACGUGAUGUUAAGUUACUAAACGAAAUUCCACCCAGGAAGCAGUGGCGUCAGAAAGGGAAGGGGGGGGGUGGCAAGGGGCAAGAUGUAGCUUUUGAGUAUGAAGUGGAAACUGAGCACUUAGAAGUUGAGCUCAAACAAGCCAAACGGCUGGUAGAUAGUAAAGUUGCAUCUGGUGUACAGAUUAGCAGUAUCCAGCAAAUUACUGAGUUCUUGGCACCCUAUAAAGAAGCGUUUCCAGACCUCACAGUAAAUUGCUAAAUAUUGCAUUAGUGCUGCCACCAACAUCAGCGUCAUCAGGGAGAAUGUUUCUUGAUGAACAGUAUGACUGAUGCCAGGCUGUCGGACCUCAGUGUUAAUGGCAUACAUUCCCAAGGAUAAAAAAAAAUUACAUUAAUAUGGAUGAAUUUAUCAAAGUCUUUGCUUGUAACCAUAACAACAGAAAUUGUCAGCUGUUCUGAGAAGGCAAACCUUGUACUGUAGUAGCAAAGCACUGUAGCCAACAGUGGCAUUUCAAAGAUGAAUCACUGGUUAUGCCUUGGAAAUAACUAUAUAAUAAUAUGCAGUAGCUAAAACAACUAACUGUGCAGGUGGGGGUCGAUAUGCUCCGAAGUGUUACGUGUGACUAGUGACAGCCUUCAUAUACCAAAAUUUAUCGAUCAUGGUCUCCUAUUGUUUCCCACAAGGUAUGCACAGCUAGUUGUUUUAGCUACUACAGCAUAUACCAGUAUGUGCGUAUAUGUAUAUUCGUGUAAUGAUGUAUGCUAUCAGCAAAUGUGCAGAGUUAUGGGAAUUAAUUUAGUUUUUUCAUCAUUUUCAAACUUUCCAGCCAAGUAUAUUUGUUUAAUUACUUUUCAUGUAUAUAUUGUAUGUGUUCACAUACAGAACUUUAUGUAGGCAUGUGUUUCUUUUUACUUUUCAUUCCUUAUGUUUAAUAAAGCAUUUCUCUGGAAGUA